GUGGAUAAAUUCCUGUACCACCUGCGAUUAUCGGACGAGAACCUGAUGGACGUGUCUUUGAGGUUCCGGAGGGAGAUGGACAAGGGGCUGGGCCGAGACUCCAACCCUACGGCCGCCGUGAAGAUGCUGCCCACGUUUGUGCGCUCCACCCCUGACGGGACAGGUGAGCGGGUCGGGGGGAGGGGGUCUGACUGACAUCUGCUGAGUAAUUUUUUGUAUUUACGUUGUGUCCCAAAUGGCACCGCAUUCCCUUUAAAGUGGGCCUGGCCAAAAGUACUAGUCAAAAGUACUGGUCAAAAGUAGUUCACUAUAAAGGUAAUAGGGUGCCAUUUGGGACGCAGACUUAAACUUUAUUUAAUCAGGAAGUCCUAUUGAGGUCAGAAGACUUCUUUCUUCAGGGAGGCCUGCAGAAAUCUCAGUACAUCCAUGCCACAGGCCCCUCUUAGAGUUCAUAGAGACCCAUGCCUUGCCUACUAAUGCACAAUGCACUGUACAGGAAUAAGAAAAAUUGCACUCCUUGUGGCGGGCCGGGCGCAUGCACGCUGACUUCGGUCACCAGUUGUACGGUGUUUCCUCCGACACAUUGGUGCGGCUGGCUUCCGGGUUAAGCAAGCAGUGCGGCUUGGCAGGGUCGUGUUUCGGAGGACGCAUGGCUCUCGACCUUCGCCUCUCCCAAGUCCGUAUGGGAGUCGCAGCGAUGGGACAAGACUGUAACUACCAAUUGGAUAUCACGAAAUUGGGGAGAAAAAGCGGUAAAAAGUAACAAAAAAAAAAAAAGAAAAUUGCACAAUCCUUCAAUAAUUUCGUCUUGGUAACUUGCUUAGAUGAGUGCAGGCUGGUAAGAAGUUUUGAGUGACAGUCAUUUAGAUGUCAAAUGAGAGAAUGGUGGUGAAAAGCACAUAGAAAUCCUGAAGCUGUGUGUCUCAGCUGCAGAAUGUGACCUGUGUCAGUGACCUGUGUCAGAAUGACACCGCUAGGCCCUGUUAAGAGCCAUAGAUGGAUAUAUAUUUAUAGCUAUAUGACUCUGGCCCCAUCUAAUGUGGUUUAUUUUAUUUAACCUGUAUUGAAUGAGGAAGUCCCAUUGGUGUCAGAAUACCUCUUUCCCAAGAGAGACCUGGCCUUCAAGCCUUCUAAUGCACUGUAAUUGGAAUCUUCAAGAAACAGCACAACCCAUGCUUAGAAAUAUUUCACCUAUGGACUGAUUGCUGAGAUGAGAAUAGGAUGUCAGGGAGUUUUUUAGUUUGACAGCCCAGUAGAUCAGGAUUUCUCAAUCUUGGCCCUAGUUUCUCAAUCUUGGCACCUUUUUGUUUUUGCCCUAGCACUCACCCACUUGAUUCAACUAAUCAACUCAUCAUCAAGCCUUUGAUUUAAAUCAGGUGUGUGAGUGCUAGGGCAAGAACAAAAAUGUGCACCCCUUUGGGUCCCCAGGACCAUGAUUGAGAAACCUUGCUCUAGAUGAACCCUUAGAUAAUGAGAGUAUGCUGGUGAAGAAUGGCACAUAGAAAAUCUGGGCUCUGUUACAAUAUCCAUCCACACUAGCAUACCACUUAGACGGAAACAGUGAAUUGGGCAUGCACUCUAGGAGGGUUUUGUCUAGAAGGGAUACAGCUUUUGUCAAAAUUGACUUUUUGUUGCAGGUUAGAAGAACUUACGCAGCAGGUUAGGAGAAUUAACGUAGCAGGUUAGGAGAAUUAGGUUAAGGUUAGGAAAAGGAUUAAGGUUAGCUAAAAUGCAAAAAAGAAAAUCAACUUUUGAUGUAAUUUUGACAAGCUAUAUACCAUCUAGAUAUUACACUCUAGCGGUAGGCCUAUGCUGCAUGAACACUGAAAUGUGAAGCUUUGAGUCCCAGCUGCGUUUUCCUUUGAGUUUGACCUGUGUUAGUGACUGAGACCGGGGCAUAUCAAAAGUAUAUCAGGUGGCAUAUCAAAAACCACUUUCAGAGACUGGGGAAGGUGAUUUAUCAAAAGUAACUGGAGAGGAACGGUAAAUGUGAAUUGCAGAGGAAAUGCAAAAGCGCCCAGGCAAAACCUCUGUUUGCUCAGCCUGUUGACUCUGGUCAUUAUUGGCACAUUAAACCCCAACCUAGCAGACAAGUGUCUAUCCAGCUGAACCACUGUUAUGUCUCCCUCCCUCUAUCUCAUCACUCUCACUUUCUCUGCCUCUCUCUCCUGUCUCUCAUUCUCUCUCUCUCGCUCUACUGACUAGUGUUGCACAAUAUACCGAAACUUCUGUACUUUUUUAAAAUACUAAAACAUGAAAAGCGGUUCGGUACUAGAAUUGUUGUUACUUUCAGUACUUCUGUCAAAUGUGUCUCACAUCAUAUAUGGAUUGAGAGGAUUGAGUCUGUCGAAGAUUCAGAAAAAUUACUAAAGGGGGCAGUAGCUAGCCAGGCUGCGCUUGCACAUGCAGCUGACACCGCGCAAGCCACUUAAGAAGCAAGCAAGAAGAGCAUGGCUUCUUCAAACGUAAACUUCAUACCUCCACGGCCACAGUUUUUAUUAUAGCUCAGUGCCCGCAGCUUGUUGACAAAACUGGCUGCAGAAGCGAACUAUGGGAAUACUUUGAUUACAGAGCAGAUGAGGGCCAGCCCACCAAAACAACUAAGCAAAAGGUGUUACAAAGCAGUACAGUGCAGUUUAUUAGGCUAUAGAUUAAAUAAGUGAUGAACUUCACAGGGUGGCAAAGUGAUGAGCUUGAUGCUCCUUUCCAAUAAAUAUCGAGGGUCUUAUUCUGGUAACAUGAUCGAUGCUUGGUUGCAGUUUGACAAAUACAAAUAACACUCUUAUCCAUAAUAAUCUCAUAAUGUAGGUAGUCUACCUGCACUGUAUCUGCCAGUUGUUGGCAAUAGCGCAUGUGCCAAGACCAGAGUGGGUACAUUUGCUAUAUAACGCAACAGUUUUUGUGACAUAACCAUCAGUAGAGUUCAAAAUGCGAUGGAAACCUAUUUUACUUGUAUUUAUAUUCGGUACAUGGGAAUUUAACAUAAAAAGUUAUUUUUAUGUGCACUGUCAUCAAAUAAUCAAAGCUUGAUGAUGAGUUGGUUAUUUGAAUCAGUUGUGUAGUGCCGGGGAAGGGGUGGGGUGGGGGGGGGGGGGGGGGCUGCUGUAGACUAAAUGUCUAUGGUAGACUAUUGCAAUAUAGAAGCUUCAAUGUGUUUUUUUUUAUGUUGUUUUGGAACUAAACUAUUCAUUUAAUAUAUUAAACCAUUUAGCUGUAAUGAAUAAUGAAUUAUACUGUAGGUCUAAGGAAUGUCAUUUGACCCAAUAUUAUGGCCAUAGAUGAGCAAAUUAACUCUGUAUCAAAUUAUAUUUUAAAACAGUUUAGAUGUAAUUGUACAAUUAUUUUGUCAGCUCUGAGUCUUCUAUAUGGUUUUGUAUGAGGAAAAUUGAAGGUAUUCUUCUGUUAUUUAAUAGUGUUUUAUUUUUGCAAGGAAUUGAAUAUAGAAUAUAUAUUUUAUUUGUUAUUUUAUUUGUUCUACCAGUUAUCAACAUAUUGUUCAAUGUUUAAAAAAUAUGUAUUAUGAUACUAUAUGUAUCGAAGACAAAUCUGAAGACACACUACUCUCUCUCUCUCUCUCUCUCUCCUUCCUUCCUUCCUUUCUUCCUUGGCAAAAGAUGUCUACAUGUUAUGGUUUUCUUUUCUAUCUAAAUUAUGUGGUUAGCCAUUGAUCAUGUAAACCUCACUUUGAAAAUGACAUUUAAAUGAAAAGGAUGUUGAAAUGUUGAAUGUUCGGUAGGCUAUUCACUCAAUUUAUUUAUAUUUAUUUAUUUCACCUUUAUUUAACCAGGUAAGCCAGUUGAGAACAAGUUCUCAUUUACAACUGCGACCUGGCCAAGAUAAAGCAAAGCAGUGCGAUAAAAAACAACACAUAUGGGGUAAACAAAACAUAAAGUCAAAAAUACAACAGAAAAUAUAUAUACAGAGUAGCAAGUUAUGGAGGUAAGGCAAUAAAUAGGCCAUAGUGCAAAAUAAUUACAAGAAAUGUGACAGGAUUCAAAACAUAUUUUAUACUUGUUUAUUGCAUUGAAUAAAACCUUUUAGUUUAGCAAUUAACAUUUUAUGUUGGUUGUCUGGUUGUUAUGCAAUAAGGUCAGUCCAUUGAAAGAUUCACCACUUUAUAUCUCAUAAAAAUUGUAGAAGGCCAUGGGUAUGUUAUUGGCAAUGGGUGAAAGACAUCACUUUUCAAAGAGGACUCGGAUGGUACGAAGAAUCCUACUGCUUCAUGGUCAAAGUCCUCUCAGUGGUUGUAAUGAAAUUCGUUUUAGUCUCACCCAUGAUUACCCCUGCUCCAAUCAACAUUAUUGCUGCUCAUGGUCAUAUCUAUUGCAGCUUUGUAGCUUUCAUAAAGACUGUGGUAGAAACAUAUACACUUUUUAUAAAAUAGUACUAUGAUAAGAAAAAGAUUAUUAGGCCUAGUUGUGGGACAUUCUUGGAUUUAUUGUUGUCGUCCUCCAUAUAAGCUGUUUGGAAGACUUGUAGUAUAUAAUUUAUUUACCCAGACGAGCACCACAUUCCCACUUAAAUAUUUGGUAGCGCAUACCUGUUUUCUUAACCAUGUCCUUUGCAGUUAGUAGACUUAGUACUGUGUGUGUGUGUGUGUGUGUGUGUGUAUGUUUUUUAUAUCUAUUUUUUUUCUUGCUUUACAGCGUUCUUGAGUAUGUGUGUUUUUUCCCUGACUCCUCCAGAAAAGGGAGACUUCCUGGCUCUAGAUCUGGGUGGGACCAACUUCCGGGUCCUGCUGGUGAAGGUGUCUGACAACGGGAAGCAGAAAGUGGAGAUGGAGAACCAGAUCUAUGCCAUUCCUGAGGAGCUGAUGAGGGGAAGCGGCACAGAGGUGAGAGGAGAAGGGGGAUGUUCAUUUCAAUGGACUUCAGGAAUGACUGUUAACUGACCUAAAUUCACACAGAAAAUCCCUGCAAUGGGCCAGAUGCUUGACUUUUGACCUUAUUACUGUGACCUCUUAAAGAGCCAAUCAGGAGUUGAAACAAUAACAAAGCAAACUCCCCACCACUGUUUCGGUAAAAAGCUGAGAGAUGGGGCUGGAGAAAUGUAAUCACAGUUAAACUAAUAAGCUCAUGAGUUAUUUAUAAGUUAUAUUCUUCAAGAAUCAACGGGUACAUAUAAUUAAUUUAUAAGUCAAAAAAUGGAUGUAGCAACUGCUGAUUGUCCCUUAAAACACUUUGCCUCAACGUUCAGACCAAGCAGUAUCAAUGUCGGUAGGUCUGAUUUAUGACAUUUGUAUGACAUGCUGGGAAGAACAUCUGGUUCUGGAAUAGGUGUUUUGUAGGUAUUUCUAGGUCUAACUGUGUUGGUAAAGAAUCUCUGGGAAGUACGGAGGCUGGGUCAAGUUCAGUACGCGCAAAAUAGAGAACUGAAAAUAAAAACGUAUUCAACAAGUACUAAUUACCUCUUCAUAGCAGACUUCGAAAAGGCAUUUGAUAAAGUACGACUGGGGUUUAUAUAUAAAUGCCUGGAGCAUUUCAAUUUUGGAGAAUCUCUUAUAAAAUGGGUUAAUCAUGUUUUCUUUUAAAUCCAUAACUUGAAUCCCUCCAAAGCCUCAGAGGAUCUAGAGACAUUUUCUAACCUCUCUGGAUUACAACCAAAUUAUGAUAAAUGUACUAUAUUACGUAUUGGAUCACUAAAAAAUACAUUUUUUUUACAUUACCAUGUAGUUUACCAAUAAAAUGGUCUGAUGGUGAUGUGGAUAUACUCGGAAUACAUAUCCCAAAUGAAAUAAGUGAUCUCACUCCAAUAAAUUUUAAUAGAAAGUUAGCAAAAAUAGAUAAGAUCUUGCUACCAUGGAAAGGUAAAUACCUGUCAAUUUGUGGGGAAAAAUCACCUUGAUUAACUCUUUAGUAUUAUCCCAGUUUACCUAUUUGCUUAUGGUCUUGCCUACGCCUAGCAAACAGUUUUUUUAAUUAUAUGAGAAAAGAAUAUUCCAUUUUAUUUGGAACGUUAAGCCAGACAAAAUUAAAAGGGCCUAUUUAUAUAAUGAAUAUGAAUUCGGAGGACAGAAAUUAUUAAAUAUGAAAGCAUUAGACCUAUCACUAAAAGCUUCAGUCAUACAAAACUUAUACUUAAAUCCUAACUGGUUCUCUAGCAAAUUAGUAAAAGAUUGUCUCACCCAAUGUUCAAGAAUGGCCUUUUUCCCUUUAUUCAGAUUACAACCUCUCACUUUCAGUUAUUUGAAAAGGAAAUAAUCUCCCAAAUAUAAUUAUUUCUAAAACAAGCCAUAGAAAGUUGGUUGCAAUUUCAAUUUAAUCCUCCAGAAACUACAGAAAAAAUUAUGCAACAAAUAUUGUGGUUAAACUCAAAUAUACUAAUUGAUAAAAAACCUUUUUAUUUUGACAAAAUGUUUAAAAAAGGUUUAAUCUUCAUAAAUGAUAUCAUCGGUAGGACUGGUGGAGUUAUGCCGCACAUGCAGCUAACAAAAACAUAUGGAAAUGUCUGCUCUACCCAAAAUUACAACCAAAUAAUUGCAGCAUUACCGCAAAAAUGGAAGAGGAAAGUGGAGGGGGGGGAAAAGUAAGGAACUUGUCUGUCGGCCUUGCAUUAAAGAACAUAAUUUGUUAAAGAAAACUGUGAUAAAUAAAAAAGUAUACCAGUUUCAUUUAAGGACCAAAGGAUUGACAGCCGUCCCAUAUAGAUUGCAAAAUAGUUGGGAAGAGAUUUUUGACGUACCGAUCCCAUGGCAUAGUGUUUAUGAACUGAUACGCAAAACGACGAAUGUUAUUUAUAUGGGGGAUACAAUCUUCCCAGCUCUGCAGAUUUUGCUGCGAAGAGACAGAAUCAUUAGAUCAUUUAUUUUGGUACUGUCCAUUUGUAGCUUGUUUUUGGACACAGGUCCAGGAAUGGGAUUGCAAUAUUUACCUGGAGCUAACCCUGCAGAUAGCAUUACUGGGUGAUCUGAAAAGUCAUAGUCAAUCGAUCAAUAAUAUAAUAAUACUUUGAGCAAAAAAAAAUAUUUUCAAUUUACAACCUGUAGAAACAAUGAGAAUAGAAAGGUUCAGAACUUUUGUUAAACAUCACAGUACAGUUGAAAAAUAUGGCAAAUAGAAAUCCAAUAUGUUAAGAGAUAGAUGGGUGGUGUUGAAUGGAGUUGAAGGAUGGGACUAAUAACAACUAACAACAACAAGAUAACUAAUAAUGUAGGCACGCUGUGUCCAUAAUAAGUAUUUAGGUUAUAGGUUGAGAGCUUUUGUGAAAGAGCACAGUUAGAAAGAUAUGGCAUAUAGAAGCAAACCGGAUGGACAUCAUGAAAAUGAUCGGCGAGGUUGAGGGUAGAGGAAGUUCAGGAGUAAAAACAAACAAAAUAUAAUUAUUGUAAAAUUGACUGUGUCCAUAAAAUGUAUAUAGUAUGUAUAAGCUUGAAGUAGAGGCCUAAGCAUUGUUGUUCACUAGUUUACUCCAAUUAGGGAAGGGGUGGUGGGGUUGGAAAGUAAUAAAGGGAAAUAUAUUUUUUUAAAGGAUAUGUAUGUAUGUAUGUAUGUGUAUAUAUAAAUAUAUAUAUAAUUUAUUUUUUUUUGCAAGAAAAAAAAACAUAUGGGGGAUUGGAAGUGAUGCAGACAAUUACAUUCAUGGAAGUUACAAUCUAUCUGCAAUAUUAAAGCUGAUCUACCCCCUAAAAAGUAAUAAAAUAAAAAGUACUAGUUACCUCCUCCAUUUAAAAAUGUUUUCUACCAUUUGGUGCGUACUGAAAACAACCUUGUUUUGGUCCUCUAGGUUAGGGUUGUCAGAUUUAUCUCAGGGGUCGAUUCCCAUGGGGGGUAUGAAAAAAAAAAGAAAAGAAAAAAAAGUAAUGUAUGCACUAACUGUAAGUCGCUCUGGAUAAGAGCGUCUGCUAAAUGACUAAAAUGUAAAUGUAAUGUGUUCAAUAAGGGUUGAGGUUGGUAAUGGCUAUUAUGUAAUAUUUUACCAUAACAUUAUCAUUUCGCUAAAAUACAAGAAAAAUGGGGUGGGAAAAACCAUAGAUCAUAUCAAUGAACUGAAGCGGUUACUAGCACAUUGACCAGUUUGCUGCUAUAUGUUAACACUUAACACCCCUCUGUUUCGCCCUUAGCUCUUCGACCACAUUGCUGAGUGUCUUGCUAACUUCCUGGAGAAGCUGGGGAUCAAGAACCAGAAGCUUCCUCUUGGCUUCACCUUCUCCUUCCCCUGCCAGCAGACCAAACUGGAUGAGGUGAGGAAUAAGGAUGGGGACCAUUGAGGACCGCAUUAGAAUUGUGAUUUGGAGAUUUAAGCCUUAAGAAUGAUCCAGAAGUUUUCAUUGCCUGUGCGUGUGUGUGUUUAUGCAGAGUAUUCUGGUGUCAUGGACCAAGGGCUUCAAGUCGCAUGGGGUGGAAGGGAGAGACGUGGUCAGCCUUCUGAGGAAAGCCAUUAAAAAGAGAGAG